AUGGAACCCAGGAACUUCUCAGAAAACUUGGAAUUCCUUCUUCUAGGACUUUCAGAAGAAGCAGAACUACAGCCCCUCAUCUUUGGGCUAUUCCUGUCCAUGUACCUGAUCACCGUGCUGGGGAACCUGCUCCUCAUCCUGGCCGUCAGCUCAGACCCCCGCCUCCACACGCCCAUGUACUUCUUCCUGUCCAACCUGUCCUUUGUGGACAUCUGUUUGACGUCCACCACCAUCCCCAAGAUGCUGCAGAACAUCCUGACCCACAGCAAAACCAUCACCUAUGAAGGAUGCAUUACCCAGAUGUAUUUUUUCCUACUCUUUGUAGCGUUGGAUGACUUUAUCCUGGCUGUGAUGGCCUAUGACCGCUAUGUGGCCAUUUGUUACCCCUUGCACUACACGGUCCUCAUGAACCCUCGCUUGUGUGUACUGCUGGUUCUGGUGUCCUGGGUCAUUAGUGCCCUGCAUUCCUUGAUAGAAAGUUUAAUGGCUUUACGUCUGUCCUUCUGUACAAACUGGGAAAUCCCACAUUUUUUCUGUGAACUCAAACAGGUGGUUCAACUUGCCUGUACUGAUGCUUUUCUGAAUAUCUUGGUCAUGAGUCUUUCAGCUGGAAUUCUGGGUGGCGGACCCCUGGCUGGGAUCCUUUACUCUUACACUAAGAUUGUUUCCUCCAUCCAUAGGAUCUCCUCAGCACAGGGGAAGUAUAAAGCCUUUUCCACCUGUGUGUCUCACCUGGCAGUUGUCGCCUUAUUUUAUUUUACUGGCAUAGGUGUAUACUUGAGCACUGCUGGCACCCAGAACACACACUCCAGUGCAAUAGCGUCAGUGAUCUACACCGUGGUUACCCCGAUGCUGAACCCCUUCAUCUACAGUCUUAGGAACAAAGACAUUAAAAUGGCCCUGAAAAUUCUCUUUGAGAGAGAAACCACCAAAGUUUAG